AAUAAUGAUGUCUAAUUAUUAUCCUAGUUCCAGUCUCCAGUUCAGGACAUGUGCUCUGCCUGUUUUAAGCCUGUGUACCCCAUGGAGAGGAUGGCAGCGGAUUCAUUCAUAUUCCAUCACUCCUGUUUCUGCUGCAAGCACUGCCAAAAGAAAUUGAGCCUCCGCAAUUACGCUGCUCUUCUGGGGGAAUUCUACUGCAUAUUUCACUACCAGCAACUGUUCAGAGAGAAAGGAAAUUACGACGAGGGGUUUGGACGCAAGCAACACAAGGAUCAGUGGCUCCAGAAAAGUGUGCAGCUUCCUACAGAACCUGAGGAUAAUGAGGAAAUGGCUUGCAGAGAGUCAAAGAGGGAACCCAGUGCUUCUGAAGGUUCACAAUCCCUAGCUGACUUGUCAACACCUGUACAAAACCAAACAUUAGAGAGAAGAUCAGACCCCCGAAUUAAGCUGAGAGUCAGCUGGCCUCCACCAACAAACGCAGGUGAAAAGUUUAACAAAUCACCUAAAGACACCGAGAAAAAUAAAGCCAAGGGGGGAUUUACUGACAGAAAGCUAGCUUUAGAACAAAAUAAAGCCAAGGGGGGAUUUACUGACAGAAAGCUAGCUUUAGAACAAAAUAAAGCUAAGGGGGGAUUUACUGACAGAAAGCUAGCUUUAGAACAAAAUAAAGCCAAGGGGGGAUUUACUGACAGAAAGCUAGCUUUAGAACAAAAUAAAGAGGUUUCUGAGAGUGAGUUAACAGACAAGAUCAUGCCCAGGUUGGUAAAAAGUGAUGUAAGCAAAAGACUUACUCUGUCUCCCUUCAUUUUAGGCAAAGAAAAGGCUAGUAUCGUUUUUCCCACUCAAGCCAAAAAAGGGGUAGAGUUGAACAGUCUGGGGCAGGUUGGGCAGGUUAAGCAGACAGCCGCAGUAACUGUGCUGGACAAACCACAGACAGUAUCGUCAAAGUCAGGGGAAGUGUCAGCCAAGAUUGCCAUGUUUCAAGACAGCACACCUACAAAGGUAAAUCACAUUUCCCCAAGUAAUAAGAACAAGUCACCUGCAAAGAAUACACCUGUCACAAAGCUGGCUUCAGCCGUCGCUGGCUCAGCAUCAGCAACAACACCCCAGUCGGUUAUCAAUGUUAUCUCAGGUAAGAAGAUCAAAUCAGUUAAUUUCCUAGAGGAUAAAACUAUGCAGUACAGCAUGGUGAAGGUGACUAACAGUGACAGAAAUUUGAAUACAGGAAAUGAAAACUACAGAAGCAAACUUAAAACAAAUCAGAGCAAUGAAGUAGACAGUAGUCCAGUGGCAUCUACCCCAAACGAGAAACCUAAAUCUCUGGUCAGUUCCAAAGUGAAAGCUAAGCAUAGUCCAGCUUCUCUCAAUGUGAGAGCAGGAUUAUUUACAGAACCAGAAGAAACCAAUCAUCUGAGUGAAACCCACAUGAAAACUGUUGAUAGAAGUAUGAAAGAGGGACUCUCUUACUCUACUGUUCAGAGCAAGUUCAUACAAUCAGAGCACAUAACCACAACCACUACUAAUACUACUAAAGUAGUAGAAACAAACCAAUCAGUUUACAAUAAAGAAGAAACUUCAAUGAAACAUUCUCAUAGUGAAGUAAACCGUCCAGCUGUUUGUGAUGAAGGCGAAAGCUCGUUUAAAAGAAAAACAGAAAUGAAAACAGAUGUUAUCGACAUGUCAAAUGCAGAACUGAAGGAUACAGAUUCCAAUAGUGCACCUGACGGCAGCAAACUCAGUACUCCAGGACAGAAUUCAUUAACUCCCAACUCAGAGGAGAAAGGCAGCAUUGCAGAAAAUAAUGUAACUAACAGCAUGCCCAGUGUUAAUGGAAAUAGUGAAAAAACAGAAAAAGCAACGGAGUCCUCACCUAAAAAGAUUGAUGCUUUGAACACCUCUAUCUCCAAAGGCAAAGAGAAUGGGAAGACUCAUGCCAGGAAGGAGUCCUGGUCGAAAGCGACAGGUCUAGGAAAAAGCCCCUUCUUAAAGCUAUUUAAUCCAGGCAGCAAAGACAACAUGGACAAGAAGGAACAAACAGAAAGCAAAAAGCCUGAGGCGAAGCCCAGGUCUGCCUUGGGCAAAUUAUUCCAGUCCUCAACAGAACAGAGCAAAGAAUCUAAGAAGGAAAGGGAAAAUGAAACUAAUAGUCCUAAAGAGGCUCACGAGAAAGCUGAAGGCAAAGAGCAGGCUGAACCAAAAGAGGAAAUCCUCCGCAAGGAUAACACGAAUGCCGUCCCAGCUGAGGAACAUGAACAUGGCAGAUCUUCAGUCCCGACUGAAGCUCAGGAUACUUUGGCUAUAGAGUCAGAACAAAUCAGACAAAACAUAGAUGUUAACCUUAUUGAAAACGAAUCAAAUGGCUCCUCAUCUGAAAACAUCAAUCAGUAUAGAUCUGCUGAACCCUUGUUAGCAGAAACUGAAACCAACUUCAACAGCACUGAGAGGAACAUCAACAACACCCUCACAAGUAAGGAGACUGACUUGAGUUUAUCUACCCCAGAGCAAAAAAUGCAUACCUUUGAUUCAAGCCUGGUAAAAGAUAUGUCAAGUACUUCUCCACCUGAAAUUGCCAAUCCAUUUGGAGCACCUGAAACUCUGUUAAGACAAACUGAAACCAACUUCAACAGCACUGAGAGGAACAUCAACAACACCCUCACAAGUAUGGAGACUGACUUCAAUUUAAGCAGAUCUACCCCAGAUCAAACCGAGCGUAGCCUUGAUUCAAACCUGGUACAAGAUAUGUCAAAUAGUUCUCCAGUCGAAACUGUUAAUCCAUUUGGACCCCCUGAACCUGAGUUAACAGAAGAUGUGAGCAACACUGAGAAAACAGUACCAAGUAUGGAGGCAGACGUUAAUUCAAGUACUCAUAUCUCAGACCAAGGAAGCCCUAAUUCCAGCAGUCCAUCAGACACCACAAAUCUAUUUGUUCCCCUUGAAUCUGUGUUAACACAAACAGAAACCUAUGUCAGAAACACUGAAAAUACAGAAACACUUGAUUCUCAAACUGAGACCACGCAUAGUGUUCAAAGUCUAGCUUUUGAAAAUGCAGGAAACCCAUUUGGAUUGGAACAAACCUCUGCAAAACCAAUUGAAGAUCAUCUUGACAUAUUUGAAACCAGUACUGAACCUGUGCUCCCUAAUCCAUCGACAGCUCAGUCUUCUGCUGAGAGUGAUCAAUUCAAUAUCUUCAAUCUAAAUGUUGGAAGUGAGCAGCCAGAAGGUAGCAGCACUCCAUUUGAGCCAAGCCAAGCUUCACUUUUGCAGGCAGAGGUUAAUACGAUAACACUGGAUGACACUCUUGACAUUUUCAGCACAAAUAUUCAAAGCACGCCUCAGUCGAAUGUUGAUUUGUUUGGUGCUGAUUUUACAGGCUUGGACUCUUUCUCAGGGCAGCCAUCCUCCUCUUUUCCAGAAGAUAUCUUUGGUGUUGGGGAUUUUUCAAUGGCUGGAAGCGCUUCCACAGAAACUGCUACCCAAGCAAUUUCCACCAACAACUUUGACGAUAUCUUCGGCCUGGAACAGACAACUGUAUCCAGCCCUUCUGUUCCUGAUGUCCAGGGAGACAUUUUCUCUGAUGAUAUAUUUGGUUCACAGUCUUUAAUUGCACCUACACAACCCACCACAGAGAAUGUUCUUGAUGGUCUUCUUGAUCCAGUUUUUGAUUCCACCAUCUUGACAGCCAUGGCUGACCAAACAAAUAACAACCAAUGGCUUGAUGAUUUCUUGGGUUAAGGAUGAGCCCACAGUCACUGUAAAGCCAGCAAUUUUUAUUGUUAAUUCUAGUUGGCAAAAUUGGCAAUUAUUUUAAGAAAUAUUGAGAUGGCGUCUGUUUGCAGUAAACAUGUUUCAGCAGCUGCUAUAGUAAUUGGAAUAGUUUAAAAAAUACGUAGGGGGCUCCCGAGGGGUGCAUUCAGUAAAGGCACUCCGCGUGGAGUGCAGGAUGCGUCCUAUAGUCUGGAGGUCCGGGUCCAGGCUAUUCUACUGCCGACCGUGGACGGGAGUUCCCAGGGGGCGGCGCACAAUUGGCCGAAUGCUGCCCGGGGUGGGGAGGGCUUAGGUCAGCCAGGGUGUCCUCGGCUCACCGCGCACCAGUGACCCCUGUAGACUGGCCUGGCGCCUGCAGACCUGCCUACAAGCGGCCCAGAGCUGGGUGGUCCUCCGACGCUGUAGCUCUGGGGUAGCUGCAUGGCUGGCCUGCAGAAUGAAAAAAAGCAGACGGCUGACGACACACGUUUCGGAGGAUGCUUUUGUUCGCCUUCGUCUCUCCCGAGUCAGCGCGGGGGUUGCAGCGGUGGGCCAGGUUUAAAAUUGGGCAUUUCAAAUUGGGGAGAAAAUGGGCUAAAAAACAACUGGCAAUUCCAAAUUUAAAAAAAUAAUGUCAAUAUAGAAGCACUCGAGGUGGUCCAGUGGAGGUAAAAGACAAACAGAAGAACCUCCGAGCUCCGUAUCUUGCCUGGAGAAGGAAAAUAUGUGGUUUAUCUUUUACCUCUGCUGGUGAUUACCUUUGCAAUUGAUCUCAAUCAAUUGCAAAGUUUCCUCAUGCGUCCACUUGUCUGUAGCCAUACUUCCUACUUACAAAUAUUGAGAGUGAAAUCAGGGGAUUAGAAAAUGCAAUAUCAUUGGCUGAACACACACAGGCACGUAGAAAAAUUGUCAACUGAAUUUCUGAAAAUAGAGCAAUGGUCUAAUUCUAGCAACUCGAUUCUCAAUCAAAAAAUUUUGACAACUCCAUUUGUUAAUUUGUGCAAUCUUUAUUGCUAAUUUGAGUUGCCAAAAUAUGUGUUACUGGAUAUAAAACCAACAAGUAGGAUAAGGGUUAACAAAAAUGAAAAGUUCAAGGGAGAAGACCUGAGGCAUUUGAAACAAGCAAGAUGAGAAAAACCAAAGCUGGUCACAGUGUUUAAAAGCCAUAUUGUGUUGGACUGAUGUUUAAAGGGAAACACUGUCUCCACAACUAACAAUAGGUUUACUUAGCUGUAAUGUGUUUGCUGCUCUCAGCUGAUAAAAUGUAAUAUUUAGGCAAAAUGUUUACACGAUAAAAAACAUAGCUGAUUUUUUAAAAUUAUUUUUCUUCUGGAACUAAUCAAUAAAUAUUUUGUAUUUACAAAAGAUGAAAUAAUAAUUGUUUAUUGU